AUGUUUAUUUUGAAGAAGUCCUGUAUAGAAAUCCUGGCGGCAGAGCCUUCCAGUAUCUGUGCAGGGGAGUCCUUCCAGGUGGUGGUGAGGGGAAAUGGCUUUCGCCACGCCCGCAACGUGGACAGGGUGCUCUGCAGCUUCAGGAUCAACGACACAGUGACCCUCAAUGAGAAGCCUUUCGUGGUGGAGGACACCUACCUGCUGUGCCCAGCCCCUGUGCUGAGGGAAGUUGGCAUGGAAGCAGCUCUUCAAGUCAGUAUGAAUGAUGGUCUGAGCUUCAUCUCCAGCUCUGUCAUCAUCUCCAGCACGCACUGUUCCGAUGGGACCAUCCUGGCCAUCGCCUUGCUGAUCCUCUUCCUCCUGCUGGCCUUGGCUCUGCUCUGGUGGUUCUGGCCCCUCUGCUGCACCGUGAUCAUCAAGGAGCCUCCCCCACCUCCUGCAGAAGACAGCGAGGAGGAAGAUGAUGAUGGGCUUCCAAAGAAGAAGUGGCCCACAGUUGAUGCCUCUUACUACGGUGGGCGAGGAGUGGGCGGCAUCAAACGGAUGGAGGUGCGCUGGGGAGAAAAGGGCUCUACAGAGGAAGGUGCCAAGUUAGAGAAGGCCAAGAAUGCCAGGGUGAAGAUGCCAGAGCAGGAAUAUGAGUUCCCUGAGCCCAGAAACCUCGGGAGCAACAUGCGCCGGCCCUCGUCCCCUCGGAAGUGGUACUCCCCCAUCAAGGGGAAGCUGGAUGCCCUCUGGGUCCUGCUGCGCAAGGGAUACGACCGCGUGUCCGUGAUGCGUCCCCAGCCAGGAGACAAGGGCCGCUGCAUCAACUUCACCCGGGUGAAGAACACGGAGACCCCCCCCAAAUACCCCCUCAACAACUCGUACCCCUCUGCCCCCCCACCAGCGCCCAUCUACACCCCCCCACCCCCCGCCCCCAUCUACACCCCCCCUCCCCCCACCUCCCCCCACACCCCCUCCCCCUCCUCCACGCUGCCCCCUCUGCCCCCCCCGCCCCAGGCCCCCCCCCCCAGCCGGGCACCCCCCCCAUCCCGGCCCCCCCCCCGCCCCACGGCCUAA